AAAAAACAACUUAAUUGAUGAAUCCUAAAAGACGUUAUUUUGUUGGUUCCGGUCUGUUUGAAAAUAACAUUUUCAUACCAGGCAGUCAAUGAUCCCAGAUGAUUUUGUUGCAAUAAAUGGCAACACACGGGGUUUUUUUUGACUAACGUGAAGGCGAGUUGUACAAUAUGUGGCCUACAAUUUUAUGAGUCAGAUGGGGUGUGUUUAUUAGUGAAACAACAUUAACGUUUAUCAGUUUUAGUUCUAGGCGAAGUGCUUGUCGUAAUCAGUUGAAUCACCCACACGGUCUUCACUCGACUCUUCUCCGGAUGUGAUUUGUCGACGAAAAAAUGUGGUAUCGCGUUUGUUAGUGAGUAGUGGAACAUUAUUUGCAGUAAUUAAAACAGUAUGUUUUCCUCUUGAACAGAAUAUGGAUGUGUAGUUUAUUUAUAAUUGAAUAAAAUAAGUACAAAUUAAACUUGUGCCUGUGAAAUACGUAAAAAUGACGUCUUUAUCAGAGUCUCCACUAAAUAGGACAAGAAAUAGACCAGUUUUGGCUCGAUAUAAGCCUUGUGGUGAUUCUUCAGACCAGUUACAAAGUAAACGAGAAUUGUUCUUCAAGUCGGACUCAGUGAGUGGCGGCGGCGUGAGUGCGACGGGUCCGCCGAUAGCAGCGCCGCCCGCGCCGCCCUCCGUGCUGAAGGACGCGCUCGCCAAGCGCGCCACUACGUUGCCCGACCAGCUGGAGAACAACCACCACGAGUCCAACGGCAGCAUCAGCAAGCUCAGCAACAGCGUCUCUGUGGACGCCAACAAGCCGCCCAGCUCGGCGCCGCCCCCCACCCCAGCGCCCCCCGUGCCCACCUCGGCGCCUCCUGGUGCGUCGCUGCGCUCUACAGAGAACAUCAUCAAGAAACCGGACCACCCACCAGUUGCGCCAAAACCUGAAUUACCAAAAUUAGAAAAGCCAAAAACCAAAGAAUUAGAUGGAUAUGUCGGAUUUGCAAACCUACCAAACCAAGUAUACAGAAAAGCAGUAAAAAAGGGAUUCGAAUUCACGUUAAUGGUUGUAGGUGAAACGGGGUUGGGCAAGUCAACGUUAAUAAACUCACUGUUUUUGACGGACGUAUACGAUCGGGACAAACAUCCGGGUCCUUCACUACGCGUCAAGAAAACGGUCGGCGUGGAGACCAGCGUGGUGAUCCUCAAAGAGAAUGGAGUCAACCUUACACUAACAAUAGUCGACACACCAGGCUUCGGCGAUGCAGUCGACAACAGCAAUUGUUGGCAACCUAUCAUCGACUUCGUUGAGUCGAAGUAUGAAGAGUUCCUGAACGCAGAGUCGCGGGUGACGCGCAAGGCGGCGCCGCCCGACACGCGCGUGCACUGCUGCCUGUACUUCAUCGCGCCCAGCGGGCACGGCCUCAAGCCGCUAGACGUCGAGUUCAUGCAGCGGCUCGGAGACAAAGUCAACAUCAUUCCGGUCAUCGCGAAAGCGGACACUAUGACUCCGGAGGAGUGUAAAGAUUUCAAAGAACAGAUAAUGAAAGAAAUAAGUCAACACAAAAUCAAGAUCUACGACUUCCCGGAGAGCACGGGCGAGGAGGGCGAGGUGGCGGAGGCGGCGCGGGGGCUGCGCACGCGGGUGCCGUUCGCCGUGGUGGGCGCCAACACCGUCAUCGAGACCGACGGCCGGCGCGUGCGCGGCCGCAAGUACCCCUGGGGCAUCGCCGAGGUGGAAAACCUGGAACACUGCGACUUUCUGGCGUUGCGCAACAUGGUGAUAAGGACGCAUCUCCAGGAUCUGAAGGACGUAACGAGCUCUGUACACUAUGAGAACUACCGCUGCCGGAAGCUCGCCGGCCUCUCUCACGACGGGAAACCGCACAGAAUCAAUUCCAACAAGAAUCCUUUGGCGCAAAUGGAGGAAGAAAAGCGGGAACAUGAUCUUAAGAUGAAGAAGAUGGAAAGUGAAAUGGAGCAGGUGUUCGAGAUGAAGGUGCGGGAGAAGCGCGCCAAGCUGAAGGAGUCGGAGGCGGAGCUGGCGCGGCGGCACGAGGCCACGCGGCGCGCGCUGGAGGCGCAGGCGCGCGAGCUGGACGAGCGCCAGCGCGCGCUGCACGCCGAGCGCCUCGCCUGGGAGCGCGACACCGGCCUCUCGCUCGACGACCUGCGCCGCCGCUCGCUCGAGGCCAACUCCAAGGAGACUGUCGACGGCAAGGAUAAGAAGGAUAAGAAAAAGAAAGGUUUGUUUUAAACUCGCCCAUAGUCUCGUUGGCCUCGCACCCACCGUUACUUGCGCGUGACUAACCUCGCGGCGACCGGCGCCACAUCAUCGAUCGACAGUCGGAUCCUCGGUCGCACACUGCAUACAUUUUGGAGGUCCGAGUACAAAUUAUACAAGUUUGAUUCCUAAUGUCGCGUUUUAAAUUUAAAAAUAACGAAAUAUGCCUUGGCGUCUAGCCUCUUUAUUCGUUAAUACCGAAUUACCCGAAUAAAUUCGAUCGAUGAUUGUUACUAUUAGUGCAUAACUAUGCUAAAUGAGAUUUCAUUUUCUGACCGCAUCCUUACUGCGGCCUCUUGUUUGAUAACAAAACAUACUCGACGAAAUUAUUUUUAAUGUCUAUGAUAUCUGUGACUUUUCGAACAUAAUACUAUUUAAAUACUAUACGUAUUUUAACUCUAUUCGCGUUGUAAAAUAGAUACUUAAAACCUUCUGAUUGCUAGAAUUGACAAACCUUAGUUUAUUGGGACUGUACAUAUCGAGAUUAAAUUGUUGAAACAGAACUCGUGAUUGUCUUUGUAUUUCAAAUCUGAAAAUCAGCUUUGAGUAGCGAGAUUUGUUACAUAAUAAGUUUUUAAUUUUCAACCUAACUGGGUUAUAUUAUAGUGCCAUUUUCAGUGUUGUGACGAGUAACUUUGCUGUCGUAAACACAAUAAUUGUUAUUGAAAUUGCUUUUGUCUUCUGUCCAGCAAUGUGUGUUCACAAUAAGUAUUUGUCUCACUAAUUACUGUACUUCAAACUUUUGUAUGUUCAGGUCUUCUUAACUAAAUAACUUGUUUGGUGACUCUUCUGUUUCUAUUUGAACAACGGUACACGUAUGCCUUUUUACUUGUAAUGAAAUAGAUUCAGCAUAUUAUUAACCUUAUAAAAGUUUUAAUCACUCAAAUUCAACAAUAAAUAAUUAAGUAAAAGGGUGUGCCACUGAACCUCACUUGAAAAUGUUUUGAUGUAUGCCAAAAAUAUUGUAAUUGAGUAUAUUCUUGUAAUUUUACGUCACGUAUUGAGAUUUUUUACGUCAUUUGCAGAUUGGUCUUUUAAGAGUGUCGCAACUGGAAUAGUAAUAUAAUAAGGACCAUAGUCCGCACACGGCGCACUUAACUAAUUAGUAACUUAUAGUUGUAUGGACUUAGCAUAAUGAAACAACGAUUAUCGAAGACUACACGAUGUAAUAACAUAUAACUGAUAUUGCGUUGAGGAACUUAAUACAAAAUUCUACCACAAGUCUACAUUGUAUGAGAUUACUUUUGUAUGUAUUUUAUUUAUAAGACUUUUCCAUGACAAAGCAUUUAUUAUGAUAAGUGAGGCCUAAUUUUAUACUUCUUGUGUUUCCAAAAUAUUUUGUAAUACAUAUUUUAUAUAAUUAUUUAUUACUUUUGGGGUUUGAAACUGUUUUAGCUGCCUGCAGCAUUCGACGUAGCACAAACAAUAUUACAGCUUAUGAGUAGACAUUUACGUCCAGAAAGAUGCCAAAUAGCUUAAUAUUAUAUUAACGGUAUACUUUGAUCGAAGACAGAUGUCUCAUGAUUUAUUGUAUUUAUUAUAUUAUGAUAUGUUCAUAAACACUAGAUAGACAAACUUAAUCCGGAAAGUGAAAGAUUCAGCUCAAUACUUGGAUGAAAUUAAGCAUAGGCACUAAAUCUAUAUCUUUACUGAUAAAUAUAGCAUAAUAAAAUUUCAAUAUAAUAAUAUUGGAGAUAUACUUAUGUUAACGCUUUUAUUUUCUGUUAUAUUUAUAAGUAGAGAGAGAAUACUGUAGCUAUUUGAAAAAUUCGCAUUAGGUAAAACACCAUUCUAAAUUUUAAAGCGAAUUAGAUAAGAAAUAUUUUUUACUUCUAUAUCAUUACAGUGUAAUACGAUUUCGGCUUAAUUGGUGCAUUCCACCUGCCGGAGGUUUGAUUCGCACGGCGUUUGUUAUAACUAUACAAAGUUAUAUUGUGCUUAGUGAUAUUAAAAUAUGCUCAUAGUUCAGUUGUGAAAUAGAAUCUAGCUCUAGCUAGUUGUUAGCGUUUCUUUAUAGUAACGGAUAAGGGAAUGAUGUAAGGAUCUCUCACCAACAACAAAUAUUGACGAACUCAUCGAGCAGUCUACAAUUAUAUACAAAUCUAUUCAUACUUUUGUCAACUCUGCUAUUAAUCUUUGAUCGACUUUAAUACAUGCUAUAAAGUUACUGUUGUUUUAAUAUCUUCUUAAGACUCAUAAUACACAUGAAUAUACCGCUUAUCGUUAGCGAUCUUAUUUUAGGUUAUGUAAAUAUUUUGUUUAGUCAUUACUAUCUUACGAGCAAAAUAUAUAUUAUCCGGUUAUGUUACAAAAUGACACGUUAUUUAUGAGACAUGCAUAAUCUUUAUUUAAUCAGCAUGCAAUUUUUGAAUACAUUUGUAUUAUUUCCUCCACUACAGUAUUGACUUCCGCGUUAAAUUUAGUACUUUAGGUAAUAAGAUUAUGCUUAAUUUUGUAUUUUGUGUAGGGUUACGGCCCACUACCAUACAGAUCAUUUGCUUAGUCAUUACGAUGGACUUGUGAUGUGUUGGGAGAGGAAGGAAGUUCAGACGAUGUAAUAUAUUGUACCUUUGAAUAAAUAUAAAUAAAUACGUAAUAUAUAGGA